AUAACUAAACAACUCCUGCUCUCCCGGUUGAGUCUGUAUAACAUAGCAGACAAGGCGCUGUACAGUAAGGCACAGAUCUACUGAGAUGAGAUACAACGACCAGCUUUUUAUCUUUUUUCAAAUAUAGGUUUUAAGAGAGACAAAAACAGUGAAGAGCUGACUUUCGCUUUUACGGUUUAACGGAGCCGUCCCGAUUGAUACUUGGUAUUUUAUUGCACUCGUAUCGAUUUCUGUAAGCAACUGAAGUCCAUCCGCUAUUUCCGCAAAGGUUGUUUUUUUCAUGACUCUGUAGCGCUUGCCUCUGGCUUUACCGUGAGCAUUGGAUCCGUCAGUGUACUGCGAGACCCCGGUGUACAACCCGGACAUUUGCCCAAACAUGAUAGCUGCGCAAGCAAAGCUUGUUUACCAGCUCAACAAAUACUACAACGAGAGAUGUCAAACUCGCAAAGCGGCCAUCGCCAAGACUAUCAGGGAAGUGUGUAAGGUGGUGUCGGACGUCCUGAAGGAGGUUGAAGUCCAGGAGCCCCGUUUCAUCAGCUCCUUAAGUGAGAUUGAGGCGCGCUAUGAGGGGAUGGAGGUGAUCUCCCCCAACGAAUUCGAGGUGGUGCUUUACCUGAACCAGAUGGGCGUUUUCAAUUUUGUGGAUGACGGAUCUUUGCCGGGGUGUGCUGUGUUGAAGCUGAGUGACGGACGCAAGAGGAGCAUGUCCCUGUGGGUCGAAUUUAUCACGGCCUCCGGCUACCUCUCCGCUCGAAAGAUCAGAUCGAGGUUUCAGACUCUGGUGGCGCAAGCCGUGGACAAAUGUAGUUACCGUGACGUGGUUAAGAUGGUAGCGGACACCAGCGAGGUGAAACUCAGGAUUCGGGAGAGGUACGUGGUGAAGAUAACGCCAGCUUUCAAAUGCACAGGCAUCUGGCCUAGAAGCGCGGCGCAGUGGCCCAUGCCCCACAUUCCCUGGCCCGGUCCUAAUCGGGUAGCAGAAGUCAAAGCUGAGGGCUUCAAUCUCCUUUCUAAAGAGUGCUAUUCGUUAACCGGGAAACAGAGCUCAGCGGAAAGUGACGCCUGGGUCUUGCAGUUCAGCGAAGCUGAAAACAGACUGCUGAUGGCGGGCUGCAGAAAGAAAUGUCUUUCCGUCCUGAAGACUCUGCGCGAUCGACACCUAGAGCUUCCGGGCCAGCCUCUAGACAACUACCACAUGAAAACAUUGCUUCUGUACGAGUGCGAGAAACACCCGAGGGAGACUGACUGGGAUGAGUCCUGUCUGGGUGACCGACUGAAUGGAAUUCUUCUCCAGCUUAUCUCGUGUUUGCAGUGCAGGAGAUGCCCCCAUUACUUCUUACCAAACUUGGACCUGUUUCAGGGCAAACCUCAUUCCGCCUUGGAAGCGGCGGCAAAACAGACGUGGAGACUGGCGAGAGAAAUUCUAACGAAUGCGAAAAGUUUGGACAAAUUGUAGAUCAAUUUGAGCGAGUAACCUAUUGUUAUUAGAAUAUGAGCGAACGUUGGAGAUCACUUCACUUUAAGUGGAAAAUUGUGAUUUUUUUCUCUCUCCGAGUAAUGUGAAGAAGUCUUUAAAAAAACCAAGAAGUAAACGGGAAAUUGCAAGAAGAAAUAUUAAGGUACAUUUUCAAAUACAUGUAUUUUUUCUUGUUUUGAAUGUUUUCACAAAGUGAAGAAACUUUUAUUUAAAUGCGCACAAAAUCAUUGCUGCAAAAACAAAUACGAUGUAAAGUGCCAAGUUCAAUUUUUGAUUAUGUGCCCUACGAUUUAAAUGUAAUAAAAUGCAUACAAAUUCAA